AUUUUAGCAAUUUAUUGGGGUCAGACUUAGUGAUUCAGGGGCCCGUUUCAAAAUGCUGCUGACCUGUCCUACCGUGAGAAAGGGACACUAAAUACAGUAGUAUUCCUUUAAAAUGAUAUCUCAUACACUUAUUAGGAAGUAUUUCACUGAUGAGAUGUGAGAUAUGCCACAUGAAUUUCAGCACAUUAGUUAGUCAGACCUCACUAUGUGUGUGACAGUUUCUGCUGUAGACAGUCUACGUUACCGUCUAAGGUGAUCAGUGGUGUGAACAUGUUUUUUCUCAUUGGCCUCUUUAUGUCAGGUGUUUUGGCCUGUUUUGCCAACGAGAUUUGAUCACCACAAUGCCAGAUAGACUGGAUGUACUGACGGGCUCCUGUGUGCAAAUCCCAUGUUCAUUUGAUAUUCCUCACCAAAAUAAGUAUACAUUUAACAGCACAAUACUAACCUCUGGAGUGUGGAUUAAAGGAAACCCAUACUUUGGUGGGCGUCCGGACAGAGUGAUAUUUAACAGUAGUGAGAUGGUCAACAGAUAUCAAGGGGAGAUAACUGGAAACAUGUCCCAGAAGAACUGCACCACAGUCUUCUUCAAUGUAACCAACAGUUACACUAAUAUAUACUUCUUCAGGAUUGAGAGUCAACCAUUCCGUGCAACAGACACUGAAAAGUCUGUUCAUAUAGUUGUCAGUGAUUUCCCUUCCAGUCCCAUCCUUACUGUCUUAGGUGAGGUAAAGGGAGGGACCCCUGUCAGUUUGAACUGCUCAGCUGUUGCUCCCUGUCCCGAACACCCCCCUGAGCUGACAUGGACUCUCCCAACACAGUUCACAACUGAGAACCAACUGCAGGAGAAUCCAGACCGAACCAAAUCAGUUCUCUCCACGGUGACCUUCACUCCGUCAUACCUUCAUCAUGAGAAGAACAUCACUUGUACUGCAGUCUACCCAGUAGGGACAAGCAACAAGAGAGCUGAACAUAACAUGAUGCUUAACGUUUCAUUCUCUCCUAAGGACACCUCGGCCUCCAUCAGUCCAGAUGAUCCAGUAUCAGUGGGCAGCUGUGUUAAUCUGACCUGCAGCAGUACAGCCAACCCUCCUGUGACAAACUUCACCUGGUUCAAGAUCAGUGAGGGUGAAACAACACAGGUAGCAUCUGGACAGAGUUACACCCUCAAUGUUACUGUUGGUGAUGGAGGACUGUAUGGUAAUGAGAAACUCCAGGGUUGGGACAGUGUGCUCUAA